UCAACACACGCUCCUCGACUCGAUCAAUCGCAACCACAGCGAGAGAAUCAAUCAUUCGCAAUGGAUUCCGCCAAGGCCCCCGUUAAGCUCGUGAAGGUGACCCGCGUCCUCGGCCGUACCGGCUCUCGCGGUGGUGUGACCCAGGUCCGUGUCGAGUUCAUGGAUGACCAGAGCCGUUCUAUCAUCCGUAACGUCAAGGGCCCCGUCCGUGUCGACGACAUCCUCUGCUUGCUCGAAUCCGAACGUGAGGCCAGACGUCUUCGCUAAAAAUAUGCAAAAGCGACAAGGGGUCGGAUUGGUUCUUCGGGAGGAGUACACUGGGGAAUUAUUGCGUUGGCUUAUGGCGGCAACCAUUCGGACAUUGAUUUUCAUGUGUUAAGAGCCCAGCAAUGGAAUUCGCAUCACGAAUGGAUCCAGACUUAAUACAUCUCCAAGGAUAUGGAACUACGAAUACGGACAUGAUCGUUUGCCGCGUGCUGGAUUGAUGGGUCCCCUGGGAGCGAAUGUUUUCUCUCGGGUUUACACAUGGUUUCCGAGGAGUAUGUGUGGACAUCCUUCUGGAGGGACCUCCGGCACGUCGGUUUUAUGGGAUUGAAAUGACAAAAAAAGAAUUAGCGUUUUAUCGAGAUGCAACAAUGGACAUCUC